CUCGCAGAAUACAACGAGCUUGCCCCAUCAAUACAACCUCCUGCACCCUAUCUUGAGUGGAAUAAUAUUGUGAACUACAGGUUCAUAUCUGAAUUUGAACUACUCAAGCUCGCAUACUCGCAGCAUCCUGAAAUACUUUCAAAGCCCUGGACAGUGCCAGGUCACCGCAAAGUUGCAGUGAAGUAUUUUAAAAUCCUUCAUGCUCAAGAAGAGAUUACAUGCCUCAAUGUUGAGGUAUGCCGUCUUCGUACUGCUAUAUCAGAUGGACACGCAAGGCUUCGAUCCUCCGUCUCUCGCCUUCAGGAUAGUGACCCAGAUCUUUUGGCCGAAAUUGAAGAAAUUCAUUGUGACCGCUUGUGCGUUGAUGCAGUGCAUCAGGUGCGCCUUGACUAUAUUGAGUCUCUGGCUGGAUUU